AGCUGUUAUACAACUUUUCAAUUGUUACUCAUGGUCUGAAAAUGCAGAGAUGUUGUAAAAAUCUGGCUUUUUCUCUCAUCACGAGGCGGCGAUUUUGUUCAAAAACUGAUGAAAAGAUAGUAGCUUCGGUGCUUUUCGAGCGAUUGCCUGUUAUAAUUCCCAAGAUCGAUCCAGUUGUUUAUGCAUUUCAGGAGUUCUCAUUCCGAUGGAGGCAGCAAUUCCGCAGGGCAUAUCCGGAUUCGUUUUUGAAAAAGACCGAAAAUAGGGGACAAGGUGAUCACAAUAUUGAUUAUGUACCUGCUCCUCGAGUCACUGAAGCUGACAAAACAAAUGAUAAAAAAUCACUGCAAAGAGCUCUUGACAGAAGGCUCUAUCUUUUAAUAUAUGGCCCCACAUAUGGGGCUGCUGAAGAUGAGGCUGUUUGGCAUUUUCCUGAGAAAAUAUAUGAAUCUGAAGGGACAUUGCGCAAGUGUGCAGAGUCUGCACUAAAGUCUGUUAUCGGUGACCUUUCCAACACAUACUUUGUUGGAAAUGCUCCAAUGGGACACAUGAUUAUGCCACCCAAGGAGAAUGCCAAGGAACUUUGUACUUUGAAGCGCUUCAUCUUCAAAUCUCAAGUUGUUGCAACCAACAAGUACGAUAUUAAGAAGGGUAAGGAUUUUGUGUGGGUGACGAAAGCUGAACUUUUAGAGUACUUCCCAGAGCAAGCUGCAUAUUUGGACAAGAUGAUUAUUUGUUUGGUAUAAAUCUGUACUUGUCGUUGUAGUGCUAUCUUUUUGACGACCAUAAUGUAUAGCUAAGUAUCUGCUCGUGCCUGAAGCAGAAAGCUUGUUUUAUGGUAGUCAAUCAAAAGGAUUUUGGUUACUGACAUAGAUAAUAAUUGAAGUGGUCUUUCAAUUGAAGUAGCAGUGUAGCUUUGUGCAUGUACUCGUGUCUAAUGGAAUUGGAGAAGUUGAUGCUAUAUGUACUCUGGUUUUCAGACUUGUAGUGUGUGCAGAAGUACUAGUCCAGGGGCUUAGUAAAACUGAAACCUCUCCAAGUCGAGGGGCUUAGUUAGAUUGGUUUGAAGCCAAUGGAUGUUCUUCUUGGCAUUUUUCAA